CCAACGUCUCCAUCAAUGCCUCGAAUGCAGCAGUCCAUUCUGCGUGGGCUGUUCAAUUCCCGUAGAAGUUCCGUCUUUCGCCAUCACACUCGAAUUGCCGCUUCCAUCUUCGCGCGACCAUGCUCGUGCACGGCGGCGCUGCGCGAGAGCGAUGCACCACCCAGUCCUAGCCUGAGAACAGUUGCCCACGAUCCGCCCAAGCCCCCGGCCGACCAUCGAAAGCUCGCGACGAAGCAAAAACUCUUUAUUACGUCUCCUUACAGUCCCGGCUCGCCAUUGCUGCUUCCCAAUGGCGCCGACAUGUUCGUCAAGCUGCAGAACCUGCUGCGAGGGCUCUAUCCGCAUUUUGGAUUUCGCGAGGUGAUCACGCCGACGAUCUAUAAGAAGUCGCUGUGGGAGAAGUCGGGGCACUGGGAAAACUACGCGGAAGACAUGUUCGAGGUUAAGGGGCGAGGCGCCAGCGGAAGAACGGAGAACGUGGAGAUUGGCGAGGAUGAGGAGUUUGGACUGAAGCCGAUGAAUUGUCCGGGCCACUGCCUGCUGUUCGCAAGUGAGACCAGGAGUUAUCGAGACCUGCCCAUUCGUUUCGCAGACUUCAGCGCACUGCAUCGCAACGAGAUUUCUGGUGCAUUGACCGGGCUCACUAGGGUUCGACGCUUUCACCAGGACGACGGCCAUAUCUUUUGCAGGCCGUCACAGGUUGAAGAUGAGAUCAAAAAGACGCUAGAGUUUAUAGAGCUGAUCUACUCAAAGAUCUUCGAUCUCGGACCGUACCGGCUCGUCCUGUCUACCCGGCCGCAGGAACACUACAUUGGCACACUGGAGGAGUGGAACAGAGCCGAGGAUCAACUUCGCGCCGCCCUAGACCACAGCGGUCAGGCGUGGAGCGUUAACGAAGGUGACGGUGCGUUCUACGGACCUAAAAUUGAUAUCAUCCUCAAAGAUUCCGACGGCAAGGAACAUCAAACCGCAACGAUUCAGCUUGACUUUCAAUUGCCUAAGAGAUUCGGGCUAGAGUACGCAGCGCCCGAUGUGGAUGCGGAGUUGCGAGGAGAGUCUGAUUAUGACCACAACUCCCAUGCAACACCUGGGCCAGUUACUCCAAUCAUCGUUCAUCGGGCAGUCCUUGGAUCGUUGGAGCGGUUUAUGGCUCUUCUGAUCGAGCAUUACGAUGGACUGUACCCGUUCUGGAUAUCUCCGCGUCCAGCUAUUCUCCUUACCGCCUCUCAGGAUGAUGCCGUCUUGGCAUACGCCAAGGAUAUUCAAGCUUCAAUCACACGGGCAGAUUGCGGUCAGGAUUCCACUCUUGGACCGAGCGCUCAACAUGAAUAUAUGCUAACGCAUGGGCUCGAGCGCAGUCGAGAAUCCAUUGUUUGUCACUUUGACCUUGAUUCAAGUGAGCGCAGCCUUUCCAAAAAAAUCCGCCUCGCACGAACGGAAGGCUACAACUUCUUACUCGUCGUUGGACCAAAAGACCUAAAGGAUCAGACAGUGACUGUCCAGCUUUGGAAUCAUAGGCGACCGGACAUCGUUGCGUCCAUGCUAGGUGCGGAUGGUGUCGAUAAGGCUAAAGUCAAAGGGUUCCAGACUCAACUUAGCAGGGAAGACGCGGUUGGACUUUUCAAAACUUUAUGUGCAUAUCACCUAUGAAUCUGAGUUCCAACUGCGUUAAAGAGACGUAGAUUUGUUUUUUUGAUGCCGAG